CAUUCAGUGUGCAAUGCAAACAACCAAUUGUGUAGGGGCAAGCGUAUCACAGUAAGUGAUCGAUGCUAAAGAAAUUAGGCAAUGCUAAACUCAACCAACAUAAGAAUGACUAGUUGAUUGAUGCUAAAUGCAUACUUAACUUUACUUCUCACUAAACUAAAAAUGGAUUAUACUCACUGUAGUCUUCUAGUACACACAAGACAAGAUCAUGAAUCUUCAUAGGUUCAGAGGUUUUCUCGGCUAUAAAUUUUGAAGUCCGUUAGCUAAUGUUGCUCAUUUGGUUUGUUUAGAUGUAAUGUGUAUAUCCACUUUUGCACGUUUUGAUGCAAUUAUGCUGUCUGCGACCUAGCAAUUAGUAUUCCUACAAGUAAUGUACCAAUUAAAUGAGUUCAAUAAAACUCUGAUGGCGUGCAAGAUGAUUACUUGCAUGCAUGGGCCAUUACAUGUUGGUAAAACAGGAUCAACAUGCUCCCAUGGAGGUGGCAGCAGAAUAACUAGGAAGUUCAAACAGCAAUUUAAAAUCACCAAAGAUUAAACCAGAAUAUCGUGUUGAUAACUCUUGGAGGUCAACAUAACCAAGCGAGCUCAUUUUCUAGGACGAACUGAAUGAAGGUUUUCAGAAUGCUUUAGGACCUAAGGUUGUUUCUAAAGUCUGAAAAUCUCGUUAUCAUGAGUCAAGAUUCAGGACCCAGGUAGGAAUAGUCUAUAAUAAUAAGACAUAGGAUCAUAAACAUUGCGCCCAGUCUCUUCUAUAAAUUACAUUAUCUAAUGUCUCCAUAAGAAAGGGACAGAGGUGUAAGAAGAAUAGAGCGUGAUCGCCAUAGAUUUACUUAAGCAGGAAAGCUGAUGCAGCACGCAUCGCUCAUAAUUUUCUGUUUCAGUUUGACAGGCGUAAGAUGCGUAAUUAAUGUUCUAGGAAACUGUUUUAAGCAAAUAUUUUUGUUUUCCUAUUUCAAUUAGAAUUGGGAGUUUGGUUUAGGAAGUAAGUUUGUUUUCCUAUUUCAGCUAGGGUUUGGAGUUUGGUUUGUUUUCCCCAAGUAUAAAAGCUAUUUUAUAGCUAAUUGUAAGACAGUUUUUGACGUUGAAUAUUAAACUUAGAGAAUUCUCUCUAUUUUCCUAUCAACUUGGUAUUCCACUGGAAUCAACAAGGCAUAGAACCCUUUUGUUCUUGAUUAUUCUCAUCUAGAGAAUCAACAAGGAUUGAAGGUUUAUUGUGUUCUUUUGUAUUCUUCAUCAUUCUUGCUAUUACAUGCUGUGUCAGUUGGUAAUCAAACUCAGGUUUGUUUACCAUGCCGCCAAGGAGGGGACUUGGUGGAAGGGGCCGUGGUGGAAACGAUCAAGACAAUUUUGAACGUUUGGCGCAGCAAAUUGAGUACCUUACCCGAUAGAUGGAGACUUUAAUGGUUCGUCAGCAACAGGAAGAUGAUUAUGAGCAUGAAACAAACCCUUUUAGCGAAGACAACCACAUGGACAAGAUUGGGCACAAUGACAAUUAUGGUACGAGGUGUUGGGAAGGGUUUGAGAAUUGAUAUUCCUGAAUUUCAUGGCAGCCUUCAACUUGAGGAAUUUCUUGAUUGGCUUAAUUCUGUAGAAGAGGUACUAGAGUUUAAAGAUGUUCAUGAAAAUAUAAAAGUUUCCCUUAUAGCGACCAGAUUUCGUGGGUGUGCUUCGGCAUGGUGGCAGCAAUUCAAGGCAACCCGUCUGCGGGAGGGAAAAGAGAAGAUUGAAACUUGGGAAAAAUUGAGAAAGCAUAUGCGGUCAACCUUUCUACCACCCAAUUACUCAAAAUUAGUGUAUCAACAACUUCAAAAUUUGAGACAAGGAAAUCAUACGGUGGGUGAGUAUACCACCGAAUUUUAUGAGUUGGUGGCUAGAAGUGACCUUGCUGAGACAGAUGAGCAGUUAGAAUCACGAUAUAUUGGGGGCAUGAGGGUGCAGUUUCAAGAUACCUUGAACCUCUUCGAUCCAUUCUCAGUAGCGAAGGCACAACAAAGAGCCUUGCAAUUGGAGAAACAUAUGAGUCGAAAGGCAAAUAGUGGAGGGGCUUGGUCUGGAAAUAGCCCAAAUAACCGUGGUGGAGGAAGCAAUUCAGCCCCUUUUCGUGCUUCUACUCCACUAGUUCAGAACCCGAAGUCAUUUGUGAGUGAUCCCCUCGGCAAGGCACAAACUGUGGGACCCAAACGUACUGCUUUUCGUUGUUUUAAGUGUGGGGAAACUGGACAUUGUAUGGCAGAAUGCAAGAAAAGCGAUAGAGUUGGUAAGGGUUUAUUCAUUGAACAUGAUGAAAAUCAGUUACAAGAGUAUCAUGAUUUCGAACAUGGUCCGGUUUAUGAUAAUGAACCCAAUGAUGUUGUGGAGGAAUAUAUGACCGAGGAUGAUGGCCCAUUGCUCAUGGUGAGAAAAACUUGUUUUACUCCUCGUGAAACUGAAGGUAGUGAUGGAUGGCUUCGCAAUAAUGUUUUCCAGUCCAUUUGUACUAUUGGUGGCAAGGUGUGCAAGUUGGUAAUUGACCCCGGAAGUUGCGAAAACAUAAUAUCUAAAGAAGCAAUCAGGAAAUUAGGCUUGGAAACACAACCACAUCCCCACCCAUAUAAGCUUUCAUGGCUGCAAAAGGGUACUGAAGUGAAUGGGGUUAAGAAGGCUCUUGUUCCUUUCUCCAUUGGAAAACUACAAAGAUAAAGUGUGGUGCAAUGUUGUGCCGAUGGAUGCAGGACAUAUUUUACUGGGUAGACCAUGGGAGUUUGAUAGAGCUGUUGUGCAUGACGGUAGGAAAAAUACAUAUAGCUUCAUGCUCAAAAAUAUUAAAGUUACUCUUUUGCCUACCAAAGAACAGUUUCCGAAACGAACUCAAGAAAAGGGAUCCGCUACUUCGUUGUCAAUGAGAAGAUUUAUGGAGGUGGGGAAGAUAUGAAUUGUCUAUUUAUAGCUUGGUAAAGAAGAGAAAGAUGAUGUGACAACUAUCCCCGUGCCUGUGCAAGUGUUACUUGAGCAGUUUCGAGAUGUUUUCCCGGGAUGAAAUGCCAAGCGAGUUGCCACCAUUAAGGAAUAUCCAACACCAAAUUGAUUUAAGGCCUGGUGCAAGUUUACCUAAUAGAACACACUACUGAAUGAGUCCUAAAGAGCACAAAGAAUUGCGUCGUCAAGUGGAGGAAUUGCUAGAGAAUGGUCAUAUUAGGCAGAGUAUUAGCCCUUGUGCCGUUCCUGCCUUGCUUACACCAACGAAAGAUGGCACAUGGCGGAUGUGUGUACACAGUCGUGCUAUUAAUAAAAUUACGGUACGGUAUCGUUUUCCCCUUCCUCGUUUAGAUGAUUGGAUAUAUUAAGUGGUGCUACAAUUAUUAGCAAGCUGACCUUAAGAGUGGGUAUCCUCAAAUUCGGGUUAGAGAAGGAGAUGAGUGGAAAACUACAUUCAAAACUUGCGAAGGUUUGUAUGAGUGGUUAAUCAUGCCCUUUGGCCUCUCUAAUGCACCAAGUACAUUCAUGAGAUGUUUCGUUUGUUUAUUGGCAAGUUUUUGGUGGUUUAUUUUGAUGACAUUCUUAUAUAUAGCCCGACAGCGGAAUUGCAUCUUAAACAUUUGGAAGAAGUCCGGAGAGUACUGCGAAAAGAAAAAUUUUAUGCAGCAGCAAAAAAAUAUUCUUUUAUGACAGAUAAGGUGUUAUUUCUUGGCUGUGCUGUCGAAAGAUAAAUUUUUUAUGGAUGAUUCAAAGGUCGACGCAACGAAAAAUUGGCUACUACUGCAAAACAUACAUGAAGACUGAAGGUUCCAUGGGUUAGUAUUAUUUUAUAGGCGCUUUAUUCAUAAUUUUAGUACUAUUAUGGCACCCAUAACAGAUUGCAUGAAGCUUGGGAGGUUUGGUUUAUCUGAAGAGGCUACAACUGCUUUUCACAAGAUCAAACAAAAGCUUAUUUCAGCACCCGUUUUAAUUCUUCCAGAUUUUAGCAAGACAUUUGAGUUGCAUUAUGAUGCAUCUAAAGUGGGUAUUGGGGCUAUUUUAAGUCAAGAAGGAUGACAUGUAGCGUUUUAUAGUGAGAAGCUCAACGGUUCGAAAUUAAACUAUAGCAAAUAUGAUGUGGACUUUUAUAUGGUUGUUCAAGCUCUCAAGCACUGGAGUUCGUAUCUGGCUCAUAAUGAAUUUAUUUUAUUCACUGAUCAUCACCUCAAGCUUCCUAGUCAUCUAUGUACUGCCGAUGUGUUCAAUGUCAAACAUCACUUUCCUUACCACGGUGAUAGUUCUGACGAGGAAGAUUUGAAUUCGGGGACGAAUUCUUCUCAACCUCGGGAUGAUGAUGCAGCACACAUCACUCAUAAUUUUUUGUUUUAAUUUGACAGGCGCAAGAUGCGUAAUUAAUGUUCUAGGAAUCUGUUUUAAGCAAAUAUUUUUGUUUUCCUAUGUCAAUUAGAAUUGAGAGUUUAAUUUAGGAAGUAAGUUUGUUUUCCUAUUUCAAUUAGAAUUGGGAGUUUGGUUUAGGAAAUAAGUUUGUUUUUCUAUUUUAGCUAGGGUUUGGAGUUAGGUUUGUUUUCCCUAAGUAUAAAAGCUAAUUGUAAGACAAUUUGUGACGUUGAAUAUUAAACUUAGAGAGUUCUCUCUAUUUUCCUAUCAACUUGGUAUUCCGCUGGAAUCAACAAGGCAUAGAACCCGAGUUCUUGGUUAUUCUCAUCUAGAGAAUCAACAAGGAUUGAAGGUUUAUUGUUUUCUUUGUAUUCUUCAUCAUUCUUGCCAUUACGUGCUGUGUCAAAAGCUAAGAUAAUUCAUUACCAUUUCAAGAACGACUAAUCCUAUCAUCCAUGGUUAAGGGGAUAAAUCUCCUUUUCAAUUCUUACCAUGCUAAAAACUGUUGAUGUAUAUUUGAUAAAGUUACACUUUCUACUCUAUAUAUAGCCUUCAUAUUUUUUUGGAUUAACUACAGUAAACCUCCCAAACUAUGGGAGUCAUUACAAACUCAUACCCAACGUUUAUUGACCCGUUUGACCCUAAACCCUUUAUUGACCCGUUUGACCAGUACACAAACUUCACAAAACCUUUCAAAAUACACCCUCAUUAGGAAAACCAUUAAAAAAAUUUGUUAAAUGUGUGGCAAAAUUGAGUUCCAAUUUUGAGCUGACGUGGCAUCCACAGACUGAAAAGUUAAUUUAAAAAAACUUAUUAAAUGAAUGAAAAAAAAGGAAAAAAAAAAAGCUAAACCCAUGUUCCUCCUUAAUUUUCUCCCCCGCCCAAGACCCAUACCCUUCACCGUCACCUCCCCACCGGACAUCCGCCACCCACCCACCGUACCUCACAAGCCCACCAUCAUCCCAGCCACCACACCAUACCCACAACCCACAAAACCUAGCUCCAUCGCAACCCACAAUCCCAACUCCGCAACAAACCCGAGUGGCUUCGACACCACCGUCUUUGUCAAGGCCAUGCCAUUGUCUUCACCGCCAAGUUCUUCGCCCACCACAACCUACAAGCCCAGCCCUGCAGCAAACCCGUCUUUGUCUCUCUAGUAUAAAUCUGGGUUUUGAGAUGCUUUUGAAAACCCAAGUGGACUUCAUCGCCUCAAGGCUAGAAUUUGAAUAUCAACUGGAGAUUUUUCAAAGAGAUAUAGAUAAACCUUGUGGUCCAUGAAGGUUAAACCACAUAUCUCCAUCAACCCUAAACCACCACCCCCCACCAAACAACAAGACCAACACCAAAAGCAGCGAAAAUAACAAAAACCCUUCUCUGCAAUUGAGCAGCACCACAAAACCCAGGUGGUCGGGGGCUCUUCUAAAGCUGGAGCCAAAGGCGCUCAAAAGGAGGACAAUAAACUAAAGAUAUCGGUUUCUUUAACAAAAGAAGAGAUUGUCAAAACCCACAGCAAACUUGUGAAUUCCCAUUUGGUUUGGUUCUAAACCCAGAUCCCAAAUCACCAAAUUUGGGUUUGAGAUAGAGACGGAGAGAUAAAGAAGAAGGCUGGGGGCGGUAGAGAGCUGAGAUGGGUCUGUUGGGGUAUUUUUUUUGGGGGCUUGAGAAAAAAAUCUUGUGGUUGCCGGGUGGGGGCUGUUGUGGCAGUGGCUUGUUGGGUGAGCUAGGUAAGAGGCGCUAGAGGGUUACAGGGGAAGUAGAGAGGUGGACAAAAAGAUAGGGUGAUUGAUGAUGGGGUGGGGCCGUUGGAUAUCUGAGAAACGGAUGAGGUCUGAGGGAGAUCGACGAGAUGGAGAUUCUUAGUGGUCCUGCCAUGGGUUUAGGGGUUGGAGCUUCAUGAGGGUUGUGGUUGCAGGCUGGGGUGAAGGGUGGCUGUGGGAUGGGUUAGGGGGUUGGAGCUUGCAGGUGGUGGUCAUGGGGAAUGGGGGGAGAAUAAGUCAACAGGGGAGAGAGAGCGAGAGUAAGAGUUUUCUUUUUUUAAUUUUUUUUUGGUUUUUAAUAUUUUUGAGUUUUUUUAAUUAACUUAAAUUUUUUUUAUUUUUAAAAUCCACAUGGUAUCCACCUCAGCAAAAAAAGCCACAUCGGAGCAGCCACGUCAUCACUUAACACCUUCACUAACGGUCUGACUAACAGAGUGGCUAAUUUGUAUGUUUUAUGAAAGAUCGGGUAUGCCCGUGAAAAAUUUAAAAGGUUGGCUACUAAUUUAAAACAGCCCUUAAAGGUUGGGUACUUUUAUGUAGUUAAUCCUAUUUUUUUAGAUGCACUCUUCUCCCUCUUGUUCCCACAGAAGCAGAAAUAAAUUGUAUGAAAUCAUUAUUGCAGAGGUAAGUGAGUUAUGA